GCACGUGACCGAUGAGGAUAUUUAUAUACUCUGCGAUAGGUUUUCGUCUGAUUCUUUUCAGAAGAGGAGCAAAAUAAAUUCUGACAAUAGAGGAAAGUUAGAAGUGAACCACGUAGCUGGUUCAAAGUCAUUUGUACGACUUCGUCACGACAUGCGAGAUUCCGUCACUGGCCAGGAGCCCGGACCAGUAGACUUCUACAAAGGGAUUCACUGUCGGCAGUCGACAGGAUCUUGGGUACAUCCUAGAGCCAGCAAGAUUUGGGAGGAGAUGAACACCUUACGCAGUCAACCCACUCCCGAUGGUACUCAGCGGAGUGAGUCAGAGAUCCUGAGUCAGGUGCUUGGCAUCCGUUCUGGAUAUGUGCGUGGGUUUGGCCAUGGUGCCAAGUUCAUGGCACCCGCUAGAGCUGCCUCCAGCCGAUCCAUCGUCAUUGGCGACAGCGCCGUACGCCGAGCUGAUACUGCAGAGAGAGAGGUUCAGCAGUUACAGGUCGUCGUCGAUGACAUUAAAGAUCAGCUGGACAGACAGAGGGAGGAGCAGGAGAGGAGGAUGGAGGAGCAGCUGAGUUUCAUGUUUGUCUCGCUCAAGUUCCAUGCUUCCCUCGCUGAAUUUCAUGUUUGCCUCACUCAAUAUUAUGUUUGCGAUAUGUAA